AUGGCUUUCCUCCUCGACAUAGCGCCCAUCUUUGGCUGGCUUCGUGAUUAUCCAGUACGCUCGGCGCUGGCGCACGACAUCAGCGGCGGAGUCACGCUCGGCUGUAUCCUCAUUGGCCAGUCGCUCGCCCACGCUAAGCUCUGCGGCGUCGAGCUGAUCAUCGGGCCCUACUCUUGUAUGCUCGGGCCGGUGCUCUACGCCGUGUUUGGCACGUGCAUCCACUCGUCCAUCGGCACGGGCGCCCUAAUCUGUCUCCUCGUCGGUGAGGUGCUCGUGGAGCACGGAGACUCAGUCGAGGAGCGCUCGCGCAUCGCGCCGUUCCUCACGAUCCUCGUCGGCGUCAUCCUGACCCUCAUGGGCGUGUGCCGGCUGUCUGGCCUCGUCCGCUUCCUCUCGCGGCCGGCGCUUAGCGGAUUCAUCACCGCGUCCGCCCUCCUCGCGAUGCUCUCGCAGGUGAGCCCGAUGCUCGGUCUGCCGGACAGCGCCGGCAGCAUCCAAAAAGUGUUGUUGCACCAGCCAGAGCGCUUGCUAGCGGUGAAGUGGCCGACGCUGCUGCUGAGCGCCGUGGCGACCGGCUACUUGCUGAGUGCGAAGAGGCUCAAGCAGCACCCGCGGCUGAAGCCACUCGGCGACUUCAAGGAGCUUGUGCUGCUCGGGCUCGGCGCCGCAUUCUGCGCCGCAUGGGACCCGCCCGGCCUGAGCCAGGCCGAGUGCGUCGAGCACCCGCUCUGCGUCAAGGUAGUCGGGCGGAUCGAGCCCGGCUUGCCGCACGCGCACUGGCCGCGGGUGGGGGCGGGGGAUUGGGGCCUCAUCCACAGCAUGCUGCCCGGCGCGUGCCUUGUCGCGCUCGUCGCCUUCCUCACCUCCUUCGCCGGCGCGAAGAAGUUUGGGCUCGAGGACGGGUACCAGAUCAAGCCUUUCAACGAGCUCAUCGCCAUCGGGAUGUGCAACGUCGGCGGCGCGCUCCUCGGUGCCGUCCCCACGUCGAUCGGCAACACCCGCAUGGGUAUCGCGAGGCAGUGCGGCGUGCAAUCGCAGCUGGGUGCGAAUGUGUUUGUAUCCAUCUUCAUCGCGCUGGCCGUCCAAUUCUUCACGCCGUGCCUCUUCUACAUCCCCAUGUGCGCGCUCAACGCCAUCAUCCUCAUCGGCUCGAGCCACAUGCUCGAGUUCGCCCACGCGGGGUACCUGCUCGAGUUCGCGCGGCACAAGGAGUUUGGUCGCGACGGCAGGAUGGACGUGCUCGUGUGGAUCGUCGGCUUCGUCAGCACCCUCUUCCUCGGCGCCUUCAAGGGCAUCAUCUCCGCCGUGGUGCUCUCGCUGCUCAUCAUCGUCGUCAACCCACACAUCGCGCUGCUGGGCCGGCAGCAAGAGCCGCCCCAGAGCGGUGUGCCACACCAGCCGCCCCGCUUCCGGCACCGCUGGGUCAACAUGCGCGGCCAGCGAGCCAGCGGCGGCCUCGUCGCGACGGCCGUGGAGGAGGAGCCCGGCGUGCUCGUCUUUCGCUUCGAGGGUCCGCUCUUCUAUGCAAACGUCGACCAGCUGCAGGAGUGGCUCGAGGCGGAGGAGCUGCGGCGCAUCGAGGAGAGCCCCGUCGACUACGAGUUCAAGGCAAUCAUCUUCAGCGCGAUUGCGGUGCCCUUCCUCGACACGACCGCCAUCGGGGCUUUGCAGACGAUGAUCCGCUCCUACGCCGACCGGAACGUGCUCUUCCUCAUCGCAAACACCUUCGCAAACACGCGCCGCAUCGUCGCCGAGACGCUGGGGGCGGACCAGAGGCGCGCCUUGCGCGAGGACCUGCGGCCGCGCCUCGCGAGCUGCACCACCGUCGACGACUUUGUAGAGCUGGUGCACGCCAACCGCGCCUUGAGCAAGGAGCGGCCCCGGCCCCUCAUCAGGACGACUUCGUCGCUGCUCUCGCUGGCGUCGUUGGCGUCGCUGAACGCCACGCCACCAAAGGGUACCCUCGCCGAUCGCCAGUGGCCGCUCCAGCGGCGGCCGUUCUCUCUAGCCUGCGACCGCACGCCAGACGCAGAAAUGGGGCGUUUCACCGCCUCCACACCCGCGUUGUUGUCGCUCGCCCGCCCGAUCACUCCGCGCGACCGUGCCGCUGCCGGGAGGGCGCGCCCGUUCGACAGGUAACACAGAGAAUUGCAGACAACUGCACAACUGCUGCGGAGAGUGUGCUCUCUGAUAGUGAUUGAGUUAUUUGCACGUUUGUCGUUUGCGGCGCGCGACCGAGGUGGACCACGGUGAGAGCGUGAGACCUUCAUCUCGACAAAACCCCCCCCAAACGGU